AUGGACAUGGACAUGGACGUGGACAUGGACGUGGACGUGGACGUGGACGUGGACAUGGACGUGGACAUGGACGUGGAGGACUUGGACGUGGACAUGGACGUGGUCGUGGACGUGGCCGUGGACGUGGACGUGGAGGAUUUGGACGUGGACGUAGACGUGGACGUGGACGUGGACGUGGACAUGGACGUGGACAUGGUCGUGGACGUGGACGUCGACGUCGACGUGGACGUAGACCUGGACGUGGACAUGGACGUGGACAUGGACGUGGACGUGGACGUGGACGUGGAGGAUUUGGACGUGGACGUGGACGUAGACGUGGACGUGGACAUGGACGUGGACAUGGUCGUGGUCGUGGACGUGGACGUGGAUGUGGACGUGGACGUGGACGUGGAUGUGGACGUGGACAUGGACGUGGACAUGUACGUGGACAUGGACGUGGACAUGGACGUGGACGUGGACAUGGACGUGGACAUGGACGUGGACGUGGACGUGGACAUGGACGAGGACGUGGACGUGGACGCGGACGUGGACGGACGUGGACAUGGAUGUGGACAUGGACGUGGCAUGGACGUGGACAUGGACGUGGACGUGGACAUGGACGUGGACAUGGACGUGGACGUGGUCGUGGACAUGGACGUGGAGGACUUGGACGUGGACAUGGACGUGGACAUGGACGUGGACGUGGACGUAGACGUGGACGUGGACGUGGACGUGGACGUGGAGGAAUUGGACGUGGACGUGGUCGUGGACGUGGACGUGGACGUGGACGUGGAGGACUUGGACGUGGACAUGGACGUGGAUAUGGACGUGGACGUGGACGUGGACAUGGACGUGGACAUGGUCGUGGACGUGGUCGUGGACGUGGACGUGGACGUGGACGUGGUCGUGGACGUGGACGUGGACGUGGACGUGGACGUGGACCGUGGACGUGGACGUGGACCUGGACGUGGACGUGGACGUGGUCGUGGACGUGGACAUGGACGUGGACGUGGUCGGGACGUGGACGUGGACGUGGACGUGGACGUGGACGUGGACAUGGACGUGGACAUGGACGUGGACAUGGACGUGGACGUGGACGUGGACAUGGACGUGGACGUGGACGUCGACGUCGACGACUUGGACGUGGACAUGGACGUGGUCGUGGACAUGGACGUGGAAAUGGACAUGGACAUGGACAUGGACGUGGACAUGGUCGUGGACGUGGACGUGGACGUGGACGUGGAGGAUUUGGACGUGGACGUGGACGUAGACGUGGACGUGGACGUGGACAUGGACGUCGACAUGGUCGUGGACGUGGACGUGGACGUGGACGUGGUCGUGGACGUGGACGUGGACGUGGACGUGGACGUGGACAUGUACGUGGACAUGGACGUGGACAUGGACGUGGACAUGGACGUGGACGUGGACGUGGACAUGGACGUGGACAUGGACGUGGACGUGGACGUGGACAUGGACGCGGACGUGGACGACAUGGACGUGGACGUGGACAUGGACGUGGACAUGGACGUGGACGUGGUCGUGGACAUGGACGUGGAGCACUUGGACGUGGACAUGGACGUGGACAUGGACGUGGACGUGGACGUAGACGUGGACGUGGACGUGGACGUGGACGUGGACGUGGAGGAAUUGGACGUGGUCGUGGACGUGGACGUGGACGUGGACGUGGAGGACUUGGACGUGGACAUGGACGUGGACAUGGACGUGGACGUGGACGUGGACAUGGACGUGGACAUGGUCGUGGACGUGGACGUGGACGUCGACACGUGGACGUGGACGUGGACCGUGGACGUGGACGUGGACCUGGACGUGGACGUGGACGUGGUCGUGGACGUGGACAUGGACGUGGACGUGGUCGUGGACGUGAACGUGGACGUGGACGUGGACGUGGACGUGGACAUGGACGUGGACAUGGACGUGGACAUGGACGUGGACGUGGACGUGGACGUGGACAUGGACGUGGACGUGGAUGACUUGGACGUGGACAUGGACGUGGUCGUGGACAUGGACGUGGACAUGGACAUGGACAUGGACAUGGACGUGGACAUGAACGCGGACGUGGACGUGGACGUGGACGUGGACAUGGACGUGGACGUGGACGUGGACGUCGAGGUGGACGUGGAGGUGGACAUGGACGUGGACGUGGACGUGGACGUGGACUUGGACGUGGACGUGGACGUGGACAUGGACGUGGAGGUGGAGGUGGACCUAGACGUGGACUUGGACGUGGACGUGGACGUGGACUUGAACUUGGACGUGGAUAUGGACGUGGACAUGGACGUGGAGGACUUGGACGUGGACGUGGACGUGGUCGUGGACAUGGACGUGGACAUGGACAUGGACAUGGACAUGGACGGGGACAUGGACGCGGACGUGGACGUGGACGUGGACGUGGACGUGGACAUGGACGUGGACGUGGACGUGGACGUCGAGGUGGACGUGGAGGUGGACAUGGACGUGGAUGUGGACGUGGACUUGGACGUGGACUUGGACGUGGAGGUGGAGGUGGACGUGGACGUGGACGUGGACGUGGACCUCGACGUGGAGGUGGACGUUGACGUGGACGUGGACGUGGUCAUGGACGUGGACAUGGACGUGGAGGUGGAGGUGGACGUGUACGUGGAGGUGGACGUGGACGUGAACGUGGACGUGGACGUGGAGGUGGAGGUGGAGGUGGAGGUGGAGGUGGAGGUAGAUGUGGACGUGGACGUGGACAUGGACGGGGACGUGGACGUGGAGGUGGACGUGGAGGUGGAGGUGGACGUGGAGGUGGACGUGGACGUGGACGUGUACGUGGAGGUGGAGGUGGACGUGGAGGUGGAGGUGGACGUGGACGUGGACGUGGACGUGGACGCGGACGUAGACGUGGAGGUGGACGUGGAGGUGGAGGUGGACGUGGAAGUGGACGUGGACGUGGACCUGGACGUGGAGGUGGACGUGGACUUGGACGUGGACGUGGAGGUGGAGGUGGAGGUGGAGGUGGAGGUGGACGUGGAGGUGGAGGUGGACGUGGACGUGGACAUGGACCUGGACAUGGUCGUGGACGUGGUCGUGGACGUGGACGUGGACGUGGACAUGGACGUGGACAUGGACGUGGACGUGGACGUGGACAUGGACGUGGACAUGGACGUGGACGUGGACGUGGACAUGGACGCGGACGUGGACGUGGACGCGGACGUGGACGGACGUGGACAUGGACGUGGACAUGGACGUGGACGUGGACGUGGACAUGGACGUGGACGUGGACAUGGACGUGGACAUGGACGUGGACGUGGUCGUGGACAUGGACGUGGAGCACUUGGACGUGGACAUGGACGUGGACAUGGACGUGGACGUGGACGUAGACGUGGACGUGGACGUGGACGUGGACGUGGAGGAAUUGGACGUGGACGUGGUCGUGGACGUGGACGUGGACGUGGACGUGGAGGACUUGGACGUGGACAUGGACGUGGACAUGGACGUGGACGUGGACGUGGACAUGGACGUGGACAUGGUCGUGGACAUGGUCGUGGACGUGGACGUGGACGUGGACGUGGACAUGGACGUGGACGUGGACGUGGACGUGGACGUCGAUGGGACAUGGACGUGGACGUGGACGUGGACGUGGACAUGGACGUGGACGUGGACGUGGUCGUGGACGUGGACCUAGACGUGGACGUGGACGUGGACCGUGGACGUGGACGUGGACCUGGACGUGGACGUGGACGUGGUCGUGGACGUGGACAUGGACGUGGACGUGGUCGUGGACGUGGACGUGGACGUGGACGUGGACAUGGACGUGGACAUGGACGUGGACAUGGACGUGGACGUGGACGUGGACGUGGACAUGGACGUGGACGUGGACGUCGACGUCGAUGGGACAUGGACGUGGACGUGGACGUGGACAUGGACGUGGAAGUGGACGUGGACAUGGACGUGGACGUGGACGUGGACGUGGACGUGGACGUGGAAAUGGACGUGGACAUGGACGUGGAGGACUUGGACGUGGACAUAGACGUGGUCGUGGACAUGGACGUGGACAUGGACAUGGACAUGGACAUGGACGUGGACAUGGACGCGGACGUGGACGUGGACGUGGACAUGGACGUGGACGUGGACGUGGACGUCGAGGUGGACGUGGAGGUGGACAUAGACGUGGACGUGGACGUGGACGUGGACGUGGACUUGGACGUGGACGUGGACGUGGACGUGGACAUGGACGUGGAGGUGGAGGUGGACCUAGACGUGGACUUGGACGUGGACGUGGACGUGGACGUGGACUUGAACGUGGACGUGGAUAUGGACAUGGACAUGGACGUGGAGGACUUGGACGUGGACAUGGACGUGGUCGUGGACAUGGACGUGGACAUGGACAUGGACAUGGACAUGGACGUGGACAUGGACGCGGACGUGGACGUGGACGUGGACGUGGACGUGGACAUGGACGUGGACGUGGACGUCGAGGUGGACGUGGAGGUGGACAUGGACGUGGACGUGGACGUGGACUUGGACGUGGACUUGGACGUGGAGGUGGAGGUGGACGUGGACGUGGACGUGGACCUGGACGUGGAGGUGGACGUGGACGUGGACGUGGACGUGGUCAUGGACGUGGACAUGGACGUGGAGGUGGAGGUGGACGUGUACGUGGAGGUGGACGUGGACGCGAACGUGGACGUGGACGUGGAGGUGGAGGUGGAGGUGGAGGUGGAGGUGGAGGUAGAUGUGGACGUGGACGUGGACAUGGACGGGGACGUGGACGUGGAGGUGGACGUGGAGGUGGAGGUGGACGUGGAGGUGGACGUGGACGUGGACGUGUACGUGGAGGUGGAGGUGGACGUGGAGGUGGAGGUGGACGUGGACGUGGACGUGGACGCGGACGUAGACGUGGAGGUGGACGUGGAGGUGGAGGUGGAGGUGGAAGUGGACGUGGACGUGGACCUGGACGUGGAGGUGGACGUGGACGUGGACAUGGACCUGGACAUGGUCGUGGACGUGGUCGUGGACGUGGACGUGGACGUGGACGUGGACGUGGAGGUGGAGGUGGACGUGGACGUGGACGUGGAGGUGGAGGUGGACGUGGACGUGGAGGUGGACGUGGACGUGGACGUGGAGGUGGACGUGGACGUGGACGUGGACGUGGACGUGGACAUGGACGUGGACGUGGACAUGGACGUGGACGUGGACGUGGACAUGGACGUGGACGUGGACAUGGACGUGGACGUGGACGUGGACGUUGACAUGGACGUGGACGUGGACGUGGAGGACUUGGACGUGGACAUGGACGUGGACGUGGACGUGGACGUGGACGUGGACAUGGACGUGGACGUGGGGGACUUGGACGUGGACAUGGACGUGGUCGUGGUCGUAGACGUGGACAUGGACAUGGACGUGGACAUGGACCUGGACGUGGAGGUGGACGUGGACGUGGACGUGGUCAUCGACGUGGACAUGGACGUGGAGGUGGAGGUGGACGUGUACGUGGAGGUGGAGGUGAACGUGGACGUGGACGUGGACCUGGACCUGGACGUGGACGUGGACGUGGACGUGGAGGUGGAGGUAGAUGUGGACGUGGACGUGGACAUGGACGGGGACGUGGACGUGGAGGUGGACGUGGAGGAGGAGGUGGACGUGGAGGUGGACGUGGACGUGGACGUGUACGUGGAGGUGGAGGUGGACGUGGAGGUGGACGUGGACGUCGACGUGGACGUGGACGUGGACGCGGACGUAGACGUGGAGGUGGACGUGAAGGUGGAGGUGGACGUGGAAGUGGACGUGGACGUGGACCUGGACGUGGAGGUGGACGUGGACUUGGACGUGGACAAGGAGGUGGAGGUGGAGGUGGAGGUGGAGGUGGAGGUGGAGGUGGAGGUGGACGUGGACGUGGACAUGGACCUGGACAUGGUCGUGGACGUGGUCGUGGACGUGGACGUGGACGUGGACGUGGACGUGGAGGUGGAGGUGGAGGUGGACGUGGACGUGGAGGUGGAGGUGGACGUGGACGUGGAGGUGGACGUGGACGUGGACGUGGAGGUGGACGUGGACGUGGACGUGGACGUGGACGUGGACAUGGACGUGGACGUGGACGUGGACAUGGACGUGGACGUGGACGUGGACAUGGACGUGGACGUGGACAUGGACGUGGACGUGGACGUGGACGUUGACAUGGACGUGGACGUGGACGUGGAGGACUUGGACGUGGACAUGGACGUGGACGUGGACGUGGACAUGGACGUGGACGUGGGGGACUUGGACGUGGACAUGGACGUGGUCGUGGUCGUAGACGUGGACGUGGACAUGGACGUGGACAUGGACGUGGACGUGGACGUGGUCGUGGACGUGGACGUGGUCGUGGUCGUGGACGUGCACGUGGACGUGGACGUGGUGGACGUGGACGUGGACGUGGACGUGGAGGUGGAGGUGGACAUGGACGUGGAGGUGCAGGUGGAGGUGGACGUGGACGUGGACGUGGAGGUGGAGGUGGACGUGGACGUGGACGUGGACCUGGACGUGGACGUGGACGUGGACGUGGUCAUGGACGUGGACGUGGACGUGGAGGUGGACGUGGACGUGGACUUGGACGUGGUCGUGGACGUGGACAUGGACGUGGACGUGGACGUGGACAUGGAGGUGGAUGUGGACGUGGAGGUGGAGGUGGACGUGGACGUGGACGUGGACGUAGACGUGGACGUGGACGUGGAGGUGGAGGUGGACGUUGACGUGGACGUGGACGUGGACAUAGACGUGCACGUAGACGUGGAGGUGGACGUGGAGGUGGAUGUGGACGUGGAGGUGGACGUGGACGUGGUCGUGGACGUGGACGUGGACAUGGACGUGGACGUGGACGAGGACAUGGAUGUGGACCUGGAAGUGGACAUGGACGUGGACGUGGACGUGGACGUGGACGUGGACAUGGACGUGGACGUGGACGUGGACGUGGACAUGGGCGUGGACAUGGACGUGGAGGACUUGGACGUGGACAUGGACGUGGUCGUGGACGUGGACGUGGACGUGGAGGACUUGGACGUGGACAUGGACGUGGACAUGGACGUGGACGUGGACGUGGUCGUGGACGUGGAUAUGGUCGUGGACGUGGACGUGGACGUGGACGUGGACAUGGACGUGGACGUAGACGUGGACAUGGACGUGGACAUGGACGUGGACGAGACGUGGACAUGGACAUGGACCUGGUCGUAG